AUGUCUCUCUUCGGAACCUCCCCCACCGAGGAGCAUAACGAGCCAUCGACUCCGAGCCGUCAAACACCAAGGUCGCGACGCGGCGGCCGCGGCGGCGGGCUGUUCGACGAGACGCCCUCACACAAGAUUUCCUCCAGCAGUCUGUUCGACGAUGGCAAUGCCGGCGGCGACGAUUCCUCGCCAUGGGACAUGCCCACGCCGCGGAGGCAACAGACUCGCGCCGACAUGGUACGGAACCUGCUGCCCGCGUCGGAUGUUCCCGACAGCUACAUCACGGUGUUUGAUGCCAUUGUCCGCGAGCAUGGUUCCUCCGGCCGUGCAACGGCUGCCGGCAUUGCCGACUUGUUUGCCAAUGCUCGCCUUGGCCCCGAGGCCCAGACGCGCAUCAUGUCCCUUGUCGCACCGGGCGACGGCUCCGACGUGUCGCUUGGGCGGAACGAGUUCAACGUGCUGCUCGCCUUGGUGGGCUUGGCUCAGGAAGGGGAUAUUAUCAGUCUGGAUAGUGUGGAUGAGAGACGACGACACCUGCCACAUCCCAAGCUCCCCGGCCUCACCGCCGAGCCAGUACUACCACCUGUCGCCGAGCUCGCCGCGAAGCCGCCGCAGACGCCCAACGAGAGCCUAGGCCACGUCGAGGUCGACGCAGCGCAGCAUCAAGAGGGUGAAGCCAGUCGACAGAGUCGGGCAUCGGUGCAGGUACAUACACCACCACAGCCCAAAGCCCUUCGUCCAGCUAUGGAUGAUCCCGAGGACGACCCAUGGAACACUCCCGAGGUUCACAAGGGCCACGAUCACUCCAAGCUCAAUGGCAACAGCAGCCAUGCAAUCGCCAACGGUCAAUCCAGCUUCCGCUCGUCACCGUCCACAAACAUCGGGGACCAGACCUUGAGUCAAUAUGUCUCCGCAGAGCCAAUAUCCUCUUCGGUACAUGGUAGCAGAUCAGGAAAUGACGCCGUCCAGGGCCAAGCUGCAUGGGGCUUCUAUGGUAGCUCCAAUGCCUCGAGCGGUGGUGGAGGCUUCGCCGAUGGCUCGCACAACAUCACGCCAAACCCAUCCAACACGGCACAUCCUUUUGGAGGGGACGGAGGCGCCGUUGACCGCUCUCCCGCGCGUGAACCUCCUACGAGCGUGGGUCGAGCCACCAGCGGCCGGACGGGUUCUAGUGUCGAGGAGAAUAUUAUUGUCACUCUAAUGCCCGGCAAGGAGGGCGUGUUUCUGUUCCAGCACCACAACUACGAGGUUGCCAGUCAGCGUCGAGGAAGCAAGGUUAUCCGCCGGUAUAGCGAUUUUGUUUGGCUACUAGACUGCCUACACAAGCGGUAUCCUUUCAGAAUAUUGCCUCUGUUGCCGCCCAAGAGAGUUGCUGUGAACGGCAAUCAUCUAUCCAAUGACGGCGCCUUUAUAGAAAAACGGCGGCGAGGGUUGGCUAGGUUCUUGAAUGCCCUCGUUCGACAUCCAGUUCUGGGCCAGGAACAGCUUGUGAUUAUGUUCCUCACUGUCCCUACGGAGCUUGCUGUGUGGCGGAAGCAAGCCACCAUCUCUGUACAGGACGAGUUCACUGACCGUGCCUUGCCACCGGGCCUCGAAGACUCCCUCCCACCCACUCUGGAGGAGCUAUUCAGCCGUACGAGAUCCGGUGUCCGCCGCUCUGCUGAGCUGUACAUCAACGUGUGCAACAUUAUGGACCGGCUCGUCAAGAGAACCGAAGGCGUGGCCGCGGACCACGCCCGUGUCGCCAUGUCGCUCACGUCGCUGACGGAAACAUCCGCAGACACCUAUGCCACAGACACCAACGAAAUCCCGUUGCUCAAUGACGGACUGGUCGCCAUGAGCAAGCACCUCCGGACUUGCCAGACGCUGCUGGAAGACGAGAGCCGCGGCUGGGACGAGGGCGUCCUCGAGGACCUCAAGCGCCAGAGAGACUCUCUCGUCAGUGUGCGCGAGCUGUUUGACCGCCGAGAGAAGCUCGACAGGGACAACAUCCCGUACCUGGAGAGAAGGAUACAGGCCAACGAGACCAAGCUGGCCGGCCUGCGCGCAAAGCCAGAGGGCAUAGUCAAGCCCGGUGAGAUUGAAAAGGUAGCCGAGGCGAUAAUCAAGGACAAGGAAUCGAUUGUUCAGCAACACAACCGGUCCAUUUUCGUCAAGGAGUGCAUCCGCGACGAGCUCGUCACGUUCCAGUCGACGCAGUACCACGUCAGCCGCUGGAACCAGGACUGGGCGGGCGAGCGAGUCAAGUACGCCGAGAUGCUGGCCGACAACUGGCGUCGUCUGCUGGAUGAGCUGGAGGGCAUGCCCCUUGGGGAGUGA